AGUCCUACGUUUCUGCUUAUGCUUUUCGGUAGGCUAUUUGCAUGUCUGAAAUGUUCACUUGAACACAUAUAAUGAUACGGUUGAGAAUGUUGUUAUUAGCAAAUGCUGGUGACCGGGUGAACAAACAGCUGACCUGCGCAUCUCUAAUGUAUGUUGGCUAUAUGCUCAGGUGGUGGGCGACGUCGGUGGGCAAGCAGAAGGAUGAGUAGGUGGAACCUUCUAGUUCUAAGGAGACAAAAUAGAAAGAAAAUAACUACCAGAGAUGGGUUUUAUCGUUGUUAUUUAUUUAUUUUAAUUCAGAGAAUAAACUGUUUACCAUAGAAAAGGAAUCGGUUGUUCCUGGUUUUGCUUUUUACCGAGAUCGCUGUCUGCCUUCGGAAAAACAUCCUCCUCCUACCCAUCCAUCUUUCACAUCAGCGCUCUCGUGCCUGCCCCUCGUGCUCACUCUGAACGAAACCGUAACCGUUGGCUCAUGCCGCGUUCAUGUGCUAGUCGGAACUAGGACACUCGGAAAUGUUCGACUUGCUAACCGGUUGAACAACCAGUAAGCAAGUUGGACAUUUCAGAGUUGUCUAAUUCCGAAUAGUACAUGAACUCAGCAUUAGUCAUCUCGAGCGUAUGCAAACACACCGCCCCACCUGCGUCUAGAACGAAGCCUAGAAGCAUCCCGGUUAUCACCGCCAAACACUGAAGCGCACAGGACUAACGAACAGACGUUAAUCUAAUCUUUAACGGAAGAAUUGUGGGUUUUAUCUAAUCUAUGCUAUGUUUGCAUGGGAAAGGUGAAUUAAUCAAACCAUGGAAGGCGUGAAGAACCGAGAGGCACCGGGUGAAUGAACUCUUCUGAUCCCGACAGAGACGACUUUCAAUCGGCGUGGAUUAUGCGCAUUUGCCGCAGGCUGUACUGUCAUCACUACAGUGAAACCGGAUCUCGACCGGCGACGGAUGGGGUGACUCCCUCCGUGCCGAAGAGGUGGUCCCAGCCUCUGUCCAGGGCCGCCACUGCUGGGGUGGGUCCCCAUCCCUGGCACCGUUAACCGUAGGGCUAACGGUAGGGCACGUGUCAGGGUGGAAGAGGAAAGAUAACAUGCAGACGGAGGUGCCAGUACCACCGGAGACAGGAGAGGAGACCUUAGAAGACCGAGCAGGGAGAGAGGAGCAGCGUCCCCUGCAGCAGUCCCUGGCUGCCUCUCUGUGUCGUGAGUCUUACUGGAAGUGCCUCGUCCUCACUCUACUCAUGUACGGGUGUUUCACCACGCUGGGUUGGUGUGUCGUCUGCCGCGUCCCAGUUCUGGGCUCCGGGGAGUAUGUUGUUGUCUCGGCUACGACCGCCACCACCUUCCCUGACUUACCUCAGCUGCACCUCCAGCACGACAGCCCAUGUUCCAGUGGUUAUGUGUACAUCCCUCUAGCCUUCCUAGCUAUGCUGUACGUGGUGUAUCUGGUGGAAUGCUGGCACUGUUACUCCAAGACCGCCAUUUUGGCUCACGCAGAGACGGCAGAGGUGUAUGAGCGUGUCACAAGGCUCCAGCAGGCUACUCCCUGUAUCUGGUGGAAGGCCAUCAGUUACCACUACGUCAGACGGACCAGACAGGUGACCAGGUAUCGCAACGGAGAUGCUUAUACCACUACACAGGUCUACCAUGAGAGGGUUAACACCCACGCCUCCAGCUCUGAGUUUGACUACGGUCGCCACGGGGUGAAAGACGUCUCCAAGGAGCUCCAGGGACUUCAGGAGCACCCGGCUGUCAGGCUACGCUUCACCAAGUGUUUCAGUUUUGCCAGUGCCCGUGCGGAGGCUGCAUACCUCACCCAGCGAGCACGCUUCUUCGGAGACAACGAGGGUCUGGACGAUUACAUGGAAGCACGGGAAGGGAUGCAUCUAAAGAACGUGGAUUUCAAGGAGCAUAUUCUGGCGUUCCCGGACCCGACCCGGCAACCGUGGUAUUCCCGACACCGGGUCUUCUGGCUAGCCUCAGCGUUCCUCUUCUCCUGGCCCAUCCGGGUCGUGUCGGAGUACUGCACGGCCCAUGUACACUACCACGUGGAGAAACUGUUCGGAGAGGAGACGAUCCGUGAGGACGGAGUGACGGAGAACGGAGGAACGACAGGCGAGAGGAGUGUCAACGGCGGGUCGAGCUACAGAGCGAUAUCGCGGGUGAACACGGUGGAUAUGACGGAGCUGGAGUGGCACAUUCGCUGUAAUCAACAAAUGGUUCCUUCAUAUUCCGAAGCUCUUCUCAUGGACUUGGAGAGAGAGAGUAAUGGAGGAGUUAGUGGAACAGGAGGAACGAACACCACCUCCUCCACACCUGGAGCUCCAGGCUCCAUCCAGGGAGGCUUUCCAACCAGCAUGACCCGCCCAGUGGCUUUCUCCACGGCUUACCUCCUCCAGAGCUGUCCCCGGUGCCGGAGUACCACGUCAAGCUCCAGCCUGCCCUCCAGGCUAAGGGCCCCGACGGGGAAUCAAGCCCUGCUGAACGGCACUGUGGCUGGGAUGAGGGCGAAUGGCGUAGGGGGUGGGGGUCAGGGUGGUGGCAGGUUAGUGUUGAGUCGUAGUGGGUUUUCUCUAGGGACACGGCCGAGACCAGCAAGUCUAUUUCACUCUCGUAGUAUGGGGGGAGGACUGGGAGGAGGACGGGGGGAAGACGGAGGAGGAGGGUUUCUGGGGUUAGGGUCCUGGCAGGGUCAGGAUGAUGAGGAAAGUAGAGGAGUGUUGGAAGGAGAGAGGGAGGAGGAAGAGGAGGUGGAGGAAGAGGAGGAAGAAGAGCAGGAGGGAGGAGGAGAGGUGGAUGAGGGGAUGAGGGAUAGGCCUCCGUCUUACCACGAUGAGCAGGAGGGAGGAGGAGAGGUGGAUGAGGGGGUGAGGGAUAGGCCUCCGUCUUACCACGAUGCAUUUUUCUUCCCGGUGUUGAUCGUACACGGAGAGGAGAGCUGCCACGGUGGAGAUGACGUGAUGGACACAAUAGUAAACUAACAGAAAAGAAAGGAAUAAAAAGAUUAAAUGGAAAAAGAAUGGUUGCCAUAGUCUGAGAGACAGUGGAAAGGAGGGGAUAUUGUAGAACAGGACAAGAAAGAGGGGGAUGUAAAUCAACUGAGAGAAAAAGGGAAGAUAUUGGUAGACGUUGGAUAAUAUGAGAGAGAGGUGGGGGUGGAGAGAGAGAGAGAUAGGGAUGUAGGAAGAGGGGGAGAGGGAGGGAGAAAGAAAGGGAUGGAGAGAGGUUUGGAGUGAGAGAGAGAGAAAGACAGAGAGAGAGAGAGGCGAGGCAGAGAGAGAGAGAGAAAGACAGAGAGAGAGGCGAGGCAGAGUGAGAGAGAGAGAAAGAGAGACAGAGAGAGAGGUGAGGCAGAGUGAGUGAUGAAGGAAUCAGUUGUCUAUGUUUGUUAACCAAUUUAAUUAUAACAAAGCAAACACUCUGUCCGUUUCUAAGAAUUUGUAAGAUCCUUAUUUGCAUAAAAUAGACAUAGACCCGUGUCCAAAUUAAUCAAUAGCGUUUAUUCUCGAGAGAGCUCUGACGUGCAUGUACAAAACCGUUAUUUUUAUCCCUUCUAUUACUAGCGCACAUACAUACACACUAAUCUGGAUUAUCUCCUGAAGUCUCACCACAGUUUAUUACCACUUAGCUGACAGUUCCAGUCGCCCCCCAGGUACGGAAAAGCUAGAGGGGCUUCUGCUGUCUUCCCUUAUCUCCACAGAGUUAUAGCUUAAUCGGUUCAAACAUAGGUUAAUGAUCCAUUUAGUUUUCUUUAGGCACACACAGACAUUCCUUUCUCCCCCUGUACAUGCUACAUAACCUCUAAUCCUAAUGGUUAAGUUUCUGGGUAGAAUUAUUUAAUCAUUUAUCUUAAACCUUGAUAAAAUAUCUUAACAGUGAGAGAGAGAGAAAUACGAGGCAGAGUGAGAGUGAGAGAGAGAGAAAGACAGAGAGAGAGAGGCAGAGUGAGAGAGAGAGAAAGACAGAGAGAGAGGCGAGGCAGAGAGAGAGAGAGAGAGACAGAGAGAGAGGUGGGGGUGGAGAGAGAGAGAGAGAGACAGAGAGAGAGGUGGGGGUGGAGAGAGAGAGAGAGAGACAGAGAGAGAGGUGGGGGUGGAGAGAGAGAGAGAGAGACAGAGAGAGAGGUGGGGGUGGAGAGAGACAGAGAGAGAGGCGAGGCAGAGAGAGAGAGAGAGAGAGACAGAGAGAGAGGUGAGGCAGAGAGAGAGAGAGAGAGACAGAGAGAGAGGUGAGGCAGAGAGAGAGAGAGAGAGACAGAGAGAGAGGCGAGGCAGAGAGAGAGAGAGACAGAGAGAGAGGUGGGGGUGGAGAGAGAGAGAGAGACAGAGAGAGAGGUGGGGGUGGAGAGAGAGAGAGAGACAGAGAGAUAGGUGGGGGUGGAGAGAGAGAGAGAGACAGAGAGAGAGGUGGGGGUGGAGAGAGAGACAGGGAUGUAGGAAGAGGAGGAGAGGGAGGGAGAAAGAAAGGGAUGUAGAGAGGCUUGUAGUGAGAGAGCAGUCUUAAGUGGAAGGCCGUUGACUGCACAUUGGAAUGUUUGUUUUCCAGAUAUCUAUGCUAGGAUACUGUAGGAUGCUGUAGGAUGCUGUAGGAUACUGUAGGAUGAUCUAGGAUAAUGUAGGGGGCUGUAGGAUACUGUAGAAGGCUGCAUGAUACUGUAGGAGGCUGUAGGAUUCUGUAGCAUACUGUAGGAGGCUGUGGGAUUCUGUAGGAUACUGUAGGAUACUGUAGGAGGCUGUAGGAUUCUGUAGGAUACUGUAGGAUACUGUAGGAGGCUGUAGGAUACUGUAGGAGGCUGCAGGAUACUGUAGGAUACAGUAGGAGGCUGUAGGAGGCUGUAGGAUACUGUAGGAUACAGUAGGAGGCUGUAGGAGGCUGUAGGAUACAGUAGGAGGCUGUAGGAGGCUGUAGGAUACAGUAGGAGGCUGUAGGAUACUAUAGGAGGCUGUGGGAGGCUGUAGGAUACUAUAGGAGGCUGUAGGAGGCUGUAGGAUACAGUAGGAGGCUGUAGGAUACUAUAGGAGGCUGUGGGAGGCUGUAGGAUACAGUGGGAGGCUGUAGGAGGCUGUAGGAUACAGUAGGAGGCUGUAGGAUACUAUAGGAGGCUGUGGGAGGCUGUAGGAUACAGUAGGAGGCUGUAGGAUACUAUAGGAGGCUGUGGGAGGCUGUAGGAUACAGUAGGAGGCUGUAGGAUACUAUAGGAGGCUGUGGGAGGCUGUAGGAUACUAUAGGAGGCUGUAGGAUACAGUGGGAGGCUGUAGGAUACUAUAGGAGGCUGUGGGAGGCUGUAGGAUACUAUAGGAGGCUGUAGGAUACAGUGGGAGGCUGUAGGAUACUAUAGGAGGCUGUGGGAGGCUGUAGGAUACUAUAGGAGGCUGUAGGAUACUAUAGGAGGCUCUAUAGAAGGAUAGAUGCACCCUAUUCCCUAUUUAGUGCUCUUCUCUCCGGGAGAUCCAUACUGCACAUAGACCCAUACUGCACAUAGACCCAUACUGCACAUAGACCCACACUGCACAUAGACCCAUACUGCACAUAGACCCAUACUGCACAUAGACCCAUACUGCACAUAGACCCACACUGCACAUAGACCCAUACUGCACAUAGACCCACACUGCACAUAGACCCAUACUGCACAUAGACCCAUACUGCACAUAGACCCAUACUGCACAUAGACCCACACUGCACAUAGACCCAUACUGCACAUAGACCCAUACUGCACAUAGACCCAUACUGCACAUAGACCCACACUGCACAUAGACCCAUACUGCACAUAGACCCAUACUGCACAUAGACCCAUACUGCACAUAGACCCAUACUGCACAUAGACCCACACUGCACAUAGACCCAUACUGCACAUAGACCCAUACUGCACAUAGACCCAUACUGCACAUAGAUCUCUCGUCGCUGAUGGCGACAUCCCGUACCCCGAAAAACACAUUUAAACAGACCUCUGGUUGACCUAUUUCCAAUCAACUUUUCCCAUCACUGAAGGCAAAUCUAGGAUCCGGGAUACCUUACCAGUCGUUUUGGGCUGUACAAUGUGUGAGCUGUGGUCAAAAUAAACAUUUACAUGUAAUCAUUUCCGACGCUACACUGAACAAAAAUAUAAAACGCAAUAUGUAAAGUACCAUGUUUCAUGAGCUGAAAUAAAAGAUCCCAGAAAUGUUC